AUGGCCAACAGUUCUGGUGUGCAGCAGACACCCGUCGGGACCCUGUCACCACCUGAUUCCUCGUCAUCUGCAUCUCAGUCGCCGAUUUCCCCCACGCAUGGAGUCAGGAUUCCUCUCGCAGUCGCCGACGUGCCCGAUGCUGGCCUGGCGAACAGGAGCCCGGAGGACCCAGUCAAGGCAUCCGAUCUCAAGGACGACAGCGAUGGCCGCUCGCGGGAAUCAGCCGUUCCUGCGGCCUGCUUGGCUUGCCGGAGCAAGCAUCUCAAGUGCGAUGGGCAGACGCCGUGCUCGCGAUGCGUCGGCUCCAACUUCGAGUGCAUCUACGUAGCAUCUCGACGCGGCUACAAGGGACCCCGUCGAGGACCAGCUCACAACCCAAACAAACGCCACGCCACAUCUCCUCCCGACACGGAUUCCAUCAGCAUCGCCCCGGCCGACUGCCCCAUGCUGCUCGGCGCCGGCGUCUCCAGCGCCAUGCCGGUGCCGCUCCCCUCGACCCCGAUGGCCAUGCAGAGCUUCAGCCCCAACGGCCUGCUGGCCGAUGCUUCGCCGGCGACGCCUUUCCAAACCACCCCUGCCGUCACGCAGGCACAGCUGUACCGGUCGUAUUGCAGCAUCAACGGCAUUGAGCCCGCCAACAUGGUGACGGGUACCCACCUCCCUUUCCCCGCUCACUUUCCCAUGCAGACCCUCCAGGAGAGGUGCAUCGACUCCUUCUACCGUUACUUUCAUGGUUCACACCCCUUUGUGCUCCCCAAGGAGCACCUGCUUCGCUAUGCCAAUGGAAACUCCAUCGACCCACUCAUGGCCGUGAUCCGAUGGGUUGGAUCGCUCUUCAUCGAUGUCGGCAAAUCGCGGCUGAGUCUGUACGAUGACGCCAUGCGUCUUCUCGACGACCUGACCCAGCCUCAGGACGGCUUCAAGGUUCAGGCCAUGAUGCUGUCCAUUGUGGCGCUAGAUGGCUGCUGUCAAAACGAAAAGGCGGCCCAGCUGCUCGGCCGAACCGAGACGCUGGCUCUUUCGAUUGGCCUCAACAAGGCACACUUUGCUACUCUAAACGGACGAAGCAACCCAGUGCUAGAGGAGAGCUGGCGGCGAACGUGGUGGGAUCUGUUCAUCAUUGACGGCAUGGUUGCCGGCGUCCACAGAAUGACCAACUUUUUGCUUUACGAUGUGCCCGCCGAAGUCAGCCUCCCCUGUGAGGAGCACCAGUAUUUGUCUGGGCACAUACCUCAACCUAUGAGCUUGGAAGAUUUGGAAGACCGAGAAUUUUCCGGUGACGAGCGCCGCUUCUCCUCCUUUUCAUAUCGGAUUCUCUGUGGCCGAAACCUGGGCAGGUUCAUGAGAACUCCUCCCAUUUACGGGCCGGAUGACGAGAACCUGGAGCGGAUCGAGAACCUCCUUACCAACUGGCGACUUCACUUGCCCGAGGACAAGAGGGACUCACUUACGGCUGACGGUAAGCUCGAUGAGAUGAUGUUCCAGGCGCACAUGAUGAUGUAUGCCACGUCCAUCCUUCUUCACCAGCCUCAUUCACAGCUCGACUCCUCACCGUCCGAGAAAAUCACCUCUUGCGCACCAUACCAGCUGGUCCCGGCAGGAGACCUCUUCAACAAGCACACGAAGCACACGAUAACAUCCGCCAACGGAAUCAGCAAGCUGAUUACACACCGAGUGCCGUUGCUUUCCCACACCCAUUUCUUCACCUGCGUCAUAACCCUUUCUUCCAUUGUGCAUCUCAACAAGUGGGCACUCUUCUUCAUCCAACACGACGAUGAUGACCUGAGGCAGCAGAUCCGCCUUAACAUUGGCGCCCUCAAUGAGCUGUCUGCCGUGUGGGGCGCCGCAGAGAGAGCACGAGGACAAGUCAAGGGUGUAGCGCAAGAGAUCUAUCACAUCAAGAAGGAGCAGCAAAAGAACCCGCAGUACUGGCUUGGAUUCACCCAGGAAGACGUUAUGAACAGCAUCGCCGCCGACGAAUCCAUCAUCAGCAACUUUGAUAGCAUGCCGCCGGCCCAUCUGCUAGGAUAA